AUGAUUCAAGUUUUAGAUCCCAGGCCUCUGACAAGUUCAGUCAUGCCAGUUGAUGUGGCCAUGAGAAUCUGCCUUGCUCAUUCACCACCUCUGAAGAGUUUCCUGGGCCCUUAUGAUGAAUUCCGUCGAAGAAAUUUUAUGAACCGGUUAAAGCCUCUUAAACCAUGUCUCAACAUCAAGCAUGAAACAAAAGCACAAAAUGACUGGAAGCGCUCACCCAGCCGCACCAAGAAGAGAGUCGUGUUUGCAGACUCCAAGGGUCUGUCCCUCACUGCGAUUCACGUCUUCUCUGACUUCCAGGAAGAACCUGUGUGGGAUCUUCAGUUUGACUUAUUAGACCUGGGAGAUGUCACAACUGGUCUCAAGCUUCAUGAAGAGAAAAACUUGAUUCUGGAUUUCCCUCAACCAUCAACUGACUAUUUAAGUUUCCGGAACCGCCUUCAGAAGAAUAUGGUCUGCCUGGAGAACUGUUCUCUGCAAGAGAGAGCUUUGACAGGAACAGUGAAAGUAAAAAAUAUGAGUUUCGAGAAGAAGGUCCAGGUUCGCAUCACCUUUGACACAUGGAAGACCUAUACUGAUGUGGACUGUGUCUAUAUGAAAAACGUUUAUGGAGGUUCAGAUACUGACAUGUUUUCAUUUUCCAUUGACUUGCCUCUUGUCAUUCCAACUCAGGAGAAGAUCGAGUUCUGCAUUUCUUAUAACAGCAAUGGACAUGUAUUCUGGGAUAAUAAUGAGGGUCAGAAUUACAAAAUUGUCCACGCGCAGUGGAAACCAGAUGGAGUGCAGACACAGACAGCCUCACAGGACUGUACAUUCCACCAGACACCAACUAAAACUGAAUUUGAUUCACCACUCUUUGGAAGCCCCAGGCUAGCUAGCGAGCUCUUUCCUGAAUGGCAUAGCUGGGGGAGGAUGGAAAACUUGGCCUCAUAUAGAUGAAUUGAAUUGCUCAGCUACCAGGUUUUGGCUAGCUAUGCUAACCAUAGGAAGCUUUGGCUGCAGUCCUUUGAUAGGCUUGGGUGCUUGAUACCCUAACUACAAAGCAAAUGGCCCCUCAAUUUGGUGCCCGAGUUGGAAGGGAUUAUUUGGAAGACAGUAAUCCAUUAAGCCUCAGUUUGUUCUGAAUUAUAAAUAAUAUGUACAUAUAUAUAAUAUUUUAUAAACUCACUUUCUUAAUGUUCACUAGCUUUUAUCUUGGGGCAAGAAAGCUGUGAGGAAGUAUAUGUGAUGGUGACAGGAAGCUAUGUUAAUGGUAAGAGGCAUGUCUGGAGAAGGUUCUGAAGAUGGAGUUCAUGUAAUCUGAUGGGGUGGAAGAAAGGUAUAUUUGUAUGUUGGUGAAGAAACGUAAGCUUAUUGUGUGAUUUCUUUUUUUCUGAGUAGGUUAUAUUAUCCUCUCCCAGAGGAUUAAUACAAAGAAGGGGAAGAUGUCCUGUAAAUACACUUGUGGAGUAAUGGGGCAUGUUCUUGUGGGGCUAUAUUCAACAUUCUGGGACACCAAUGAGGGUGAAAAAGUAAAUGAAGACUCUUAGAGCAUAGCUAUCACAAGUCAUUUCUCAGAAGAGAGAGGAUGCCCUCAUCCAAAACAAUGACUUGUGGAAAAUUUAAAUAAAUUAAGAUUUAUAAUCCUACUGUUUUAAGUAGGGGAGGUGACCUCACUUGUAAAGGCCACCAUGUUGGCGUUUUUUGUUGUAGACGGCUAACACAAAACCAUGCCAUUUCUUAGUGCCACCCACUUAGACUAUUAGACAAAGUCAAUCCCCAAUACCUUGAAAGUGCCUUAAUCAGUACUUUAGUUGCUUAACCCAAAUAUUCAAAUGGCCACUUGCUAACUCUUGAAUGUUUGUAUGCUUUAGAAGAAGUCUGUACUGCAGACAGUUUGCCUUGCAAUACUGAUAUGGCUUUGAUAUUGGUGUCUGUGUAUAUGAUUAGCAUCCUUCAUAUUGAAGGUGAUUUAUCUUUCAGUUAUUCUUUCAAUGUGGUCUUUGAAAAGAGGAGUCCCUACAAGAGUCCAGCACCUUGUACACAUGUAAUUAGGGACCUCUUUUGCCCUGUUUCUUUACGCUGAAAUAUUUCUCUUCUGUUUUAUAGAUGUGAGAAUUGUCUUGGUCAUACUGUAAUGCUUGUUCCCUGGUGGGUAUAAGUCCUUCAUGUAAGACUGAUAUCACCUGAAUAUACACUAGUGCUUAAGUUGGGUGUUCAUUAAGUAGUAUGAUGUACAUUUCCUUCAAGUAGUAAGAGUCAACCUUGGUCACUUUUAAGGAAUGUCUUUGGCCAUGCUGACAAAAUACUAAUUUGGAAUAAUUUUGCAAUGAAGGCAUUUGAGGUUGGCUAGCACCAAAAACUUUUCUACUGUUAAUAUUUUAUUCUACUGUAGCUAUUUUAUGUGUGCUUGUCACUUUAAGAAUAAAAUGUUUGCUAUAAGAACA